UCCCUGAGGUUAGGCCAACAUGUUCUUCUCCAAAUCAAUCCCUCUGUCUUUCUUGCUCUUCUGUCUUUUGCACCAUGCAGCCUCAGGUGCUUCCCCACUUUAUCAUAUCUGUUUCAGCAAGGCAAACUACACUGGCAGUAGUCCAUACCAUGCUAACUUGAACACGAUGCUCAAUCAUUUAUCCACCAAAGUCCCUCCAACUGGAUUCGGGGUUGCUUCAAGUGGUCUAGGUCCGAACAAAGUAAACGGACUAGCGCUAUGCCGAGGCGAUGUCUCAAACCCAAAGUGUAAGACUUGUGUCAUUGAAGCAAGCAAAGAGCUUCGUGCACGCUGCCCUCAUAAAAAAGGAGCCAUAAUAUGGUACGACCAUUGCAUGCUGAAAUACUCAAAUGGCAACUUCUUUGGGCAAAUUGAUAGCACAAACAAGUUCUAUAUGUGGAACACCAAGACCGUAAGCAAUCCCAAACCAUUCAAUAAGAAUGUUAAGAAAUUGUUGAGUGGGUUAUCUGAUAAAGCUUCUUCUAACCGAAAGCUUUAUAGUACUGGUGAGCUACAGCUCGAUAAAUCGAAAAAGUUGUAUGGGUUAGUUCAGUGCACGAGGGACCUAUCUCGCCUGGAAUGUAAGAAGUGUCUUGAUGUUGCAAUAAGUGAACUGCAGAAAGGUUCUGAUGCCAAACGAGGCGGGCGCGUAGCAGGCGGGAGUUGUAACUUUCGAUAUGAACUUUCCCGCUUUGUUUAGUUAAUUGAUCCAGCUUGGAUAUGUCAUAUGUAUAAUAAAUCUGAUUAAUCUAUUGAUCAGUACUGUAUCAGUGUAUGAUAUUAUGCGUAAAAUAAAUAAUAUAUCCAGCUUGGAUAUAUCAUAUGUAUAAUAAAUCUGAUUAAUCUAUUUAUCAGUGUAUCAGUGUGAUAUUAUGCGUACAA